AUGGAGUACGGGUACCUAGGCGGCGCGGGCGGCGGGUUUGAAGGCAGCUGCCUGGCGCCGGGUAGUGGCGAGCUGGCGUGGGGCGAGCUGGCCUCGUGUGGGCAGAUGUCGCAGGCGGCCUACCGCUACCAGGGCAUGCGUUACCAGCCGCCGCCGCCGCAGUGCGCGCGUCCGCAGGACGCCACCAUCAGGAACCACCACAUAUUCCCGCCCUCAAUGAACUUGCAACCUGGUCUUCCAUACAAGAUGUACGGCGGCAACGAUGGUUCGCUGACAGAGAAGCGCAAGCAGCGUCGCAUCCGUACCACAUUCACGUCCGCUCAGCUCAAGGAGCUCGAGCGAGCUUUCCAGGAGACCCACUACCCUGACAUUUACACGCGGGAGGAAAUUGCCAUGAAGAUAGAUCUCACUGAAGCAAGGGUACAGGUAUGGUUCCAGAACAGACGGGCAAAGUUUCGUAAGCAAGAGCGCUUGGCGCAGCAGAAGGCGGGCGAGGCACCAGUUAAGGCGGAGGGCAAACGCGACAAGCCCGGCUCUCCCGCCUCUCCGCAGCACACCCCGCCCGCACCACAACCCACACACCACACUCUGCCACAUUUGUCGCCGCCUGACCUCAAACCUAUCACCUCUGCAGCGAACAAACUCUGUGAUGAGCUAAACGGCGUGGGCAGCGGAGGAGGUGGGAUGCCACCAGUAAGCAGUGCUAGUGGCAAGUGGGCCGGCGGUUGCGGUCUGCUGCGACAGCCCUCCGGCUUCCCGCUGCUGGGCGUCGCGCCCCCAAACUACCUUCUUUCCGACCACCUCGGCACUCUAGCCAAAACGAACAACCAUCUUUUCUAAUGGCCUGUACCACGCGAAGACGCCGACCUUACCACUGAUGAUACACUGAACGCAUACUACUCGUCCUUGUAUUUUAUGUGACAGAAGUGAAUCAGUAUAGCAAAAUGUAGAAGAUUAACAGCCUUUUUUAAUGGACUGUACAAGCUAUUACUUGUUAUGCCGGACGAUUACGAAGGUUGAUACACUGUAGUACAGUUGUAAUCAAAAGUGAAUCAGUGUAUUGAAAUGUGCAGUAUUUCUAAUGGAAUGUAUCUUUUCACCUCGAAGCUGAUUCGCUAGUUAU